AACGAUGUUGCACUACGGAUUACUGCGAUCUCUUGUACAUAUUCUUAGCUUAUCUGUUGUGUUGGUGGCAUGUCAAAAAAAUGAUAUUACUGAAAGUACAGACUAUAUUUCAUCUGUGCCGAAUAGGCUUAGGUUGUUGAAACAAAAUGAGAAACUAUUGCUGAAUCUCUACGAAUAUAUUGAGGAAUUGCAAGCGAAGAUCGAGACAUUGCGAGGGCUGGCCAAGCACUUACACCAGCCACAACUGGCAGCCAAAGGACGAGAAAAGGAAUUCCUCUCCAAUCCGAUGAACAGUUUGUCGCUUAUAAGACAAAUGCAUGCAGAUUGGUCUAAUGUGGAGAAGGUGAUGAAACAAUCAGUUGGUCAAAAACAAUUGAAUUUUAUAAGGAAAAGACCCAAGCUGAAAAAUGUUAAGGAAAGUUUUAUUGCCAUGCAUCGAAUAGCUUCGAGUUAUGAGCUAAAUGCGACUGAUAUUGCCAAGGGAUUGCUUGACGGCAUGCAGACUGAUGCAAAACUUUCUCCACUCGAAUGUUAUGAAAUGGGAUUGCUCUAUUUUAAUGGAUCGCUUUAUCACAAAGCAGUCGAAUGGUUAGAAACAGCCAAAGCGUUAAUGGAUAAAACUCCAAGUGAUGUCUAUGGUGUGUUGGGUCUAACACGUAGUAAAAUUUCCCAUCUAUUAGCUAGAUGUUACACAGCUUUAAACAACUUAGAGCUAGCCCGCCUUGUGUUGCAGUCAGAGCCAGAUUUGAACGCUAAGGCUGAGGAGUUGUUAGAAUACUUCCAAGCAAACAAACCUCAAAAAGUUGAAAAUGAUCUCAUCGAAUUUGAUAGUGCCUACGCUUAUUUCUGUGGCUCUUCUUUUAAACCUAAGCCAACACGUCUUCUUUGUUCCUAUAAAACAUCAGGAACGCCUUUUCUUCGCCUGGCUCCCUUUCAAAUGGAACAGAUCUCGAUGGAUCCCGAUAUAUUCGUGUUCCACAAUGUGAUCUCUAGCGCAGAGAUUGCAAUUUUAGACCGGGAAACGGAAGCAUUUCUGGUUCCUGCCAAAGUAGGUAAUAGUGAAGGAGAAAAAGUUACCAAUUAUCGCACAGUGAACAGCGCUUGGUUGCCUCAUGUAAAUGUUUCAAGAGAAGUGAAUUUACUGGCAGUGCGAUUGCAUAAACGAAUGUCGGAUUUGUCAGAUUUCAAUCUCGACAGUUAUAGUGACGUCAUGCAGGUGCUUAAGUAUGACUUUGGAGGACAUUUCAACAUUCACAAUGAUUACUUCAACGACUCCAGCAGCGAGGAUCGCAUUGCCACAAUUUUGUUUUAUCUCAAUGAUGUGCCUAGUGGUGGUGGAACAGUGUUUUUUGACCUCGACUUGAAGGUGCAGCCAGAGCCUGGCAAAGCUGUUCUCUGGUACAAUUUGAAUUUGGAAACAUUUGACUACGAAGAGCGAAACAUACAUGCAUCUUGCCCUGUCAAAAUUGGCUCUAAAUUUGCCAUCACCCAAUGGGUCUUUGAGCAUCGACAGAUGCUCAACCGACCAUGUUUAAGGCCUCCAAAGUUGCGUCAAUACAAAAGCAGAAGACGAUGGAAAAUGUUGCACUACAGACUGCUGCGAUCUUUUGUGAAUAUUCUCAGCAUUUCUGUGUUGUUGGUGGCGUGUCAAACGGAGAAUCCUAUUAAAAGUACAGAUUAUAUUUCAUCGCCAAAGAACAAACUAAAGUUAUUGGAACAAAAUGAAAAACUAUUGAUGAAUCUCUAUGAAUACAUUGAUCGAUUGCAUGAGAAGAUUGAGACAUUACGAAAGAUUGGCAAGCACUUGCAGCAGCCUCAACUGACAGCUAAGGGUCAAGAAGAAGAGUUUCUCUCCAAUCCGAUGAACAGUUUGUCGCUUAUAAGACAAAUGUAUUCAGAUUGGAUUCAUGUGGAGAAGUUGAUGGAUCAACCAGUUGGUCAAAAACAAAUGGAUUAUAUUCGGCGAAUGAAUGAGCGAAAACCUCGACUGGAAAAUGUUGAGGAAGCCAUGGUUGCGAUGCAUCGCUUAAAGGAAAGUUAUUGGUUGAAUGCUAGUGAUAUUGCCGAGGGAUUGAUUGACGAACUACAAACUGAUGGAAAACUAUCGCCACUUGAAUGCUAUGAAAUGGGAUUGCUCUAUUUUAAUGGAUCGCAUUAUGGCACAGCAAUCGAGUGGCUGCAAACAGCUAAAGAUUUAAUGGAUAAAGCUCCAUCUGAUGUCUACGCUUUCUUGGGUCUAACUCGUAGCAAUAUUUCGUAUCUUUUAGCUAGAUCACACACAGCUUUAGGGAACUUGCAGCCUGCUCGCGUUGUGCUGCAAGCGGAUCCAGAAUUUAGCUGGCAAGUUGAGGAGUUGUUGGCAUAUUUUCAGGAAAACAAACCAAAAGGAGUAAAAAAUGAACAACUCAUUAGAUUUCAUGACACGAAUGCUUAUCUCUGUAGCUCUCUUUAUAAACCAAAACCCACGCGGCUUUUGUGCUCCUACAAAACAUCGCCAUCGCCUUUUCUUCGACUGGCGCCUUUUCGAAUGGAACAGAUCUGGGAGGAUCCCGAGAUAUUCGUGUUUCACAAUAUGGUUUCAAGCUCAGAAAUUGCGACGUUGCAGCGAAUAAUGGAAAAAGUGAUGCAUACUAAAAUCGAUGAUCUUGAAGAUUUACGAUAUUAUCAGUUUCACCGCACAGUGCGUCAAUUUUGGAUGCCCAAUCCAGAUCUUCCACAGAAAGAAAAUUUGCUUGUGAGACGCAUACGACAGCGAUUUUCCGAUUUGUCAGAUUUCUACAUUAGCGAUGCAUAUCUGGCGAAUAUGCUGAGGUAUGGCUAUGGCGGCCAUUAUGAAGGUCACAAUGAUUUCUUGAAUGAUACCAUACCGAACAUCGACGAUCGCAUUGCCACCAUAGUGUUGUAUCUGAAUGAUAUGCCAAGUGGUGGUGGAACAAUGUUUCCUACGCACCAGUUGACGGUGCAGCCAGAGGCUGGAAAGGCUUUGCUUUGGUACAACCUAAAGCUGGACACCUUUGACUUUGAGACGCGUAACUUGCACGCUGCCUGUCCUGUGAAAAUAGGCACUAAAUGGGCUAUGACGCAAUGGAUACACGAGGACGAUCAGAUGUUUACUAAUCCUUGCUUGAAGCCUUCAAAAAACCGCAAAUAUUAG